CACACCAGAAGGAUGAAGAAGUAUCGUUAUUUCGAAGUACAAAAUACAUAUUUUUUUCUCCUUAACCUAGACGGCAGACCCACAACCAUCACCACCGCUGACUGUAUUAUCUGACCGCAAUACCUGAUCAUUUUACUCGUUUGGUAACUAUUUUGGGCGUGUGGUUCUACGUUUCCAUAGCGACCAAACCCUUCGCGUCUGUUUUCGACUGCUGUGGUUGAGCAGUGAGGCAUUAUGGGAAGAAGUCCGUUAUCACUCUGACUGUUGCAGGAUCUCAUGAAGGGCAUUUGGAUUUCUACAGACAUUCGCAAAAUGUGAAGUCUUGUUGUCAAGUCAUCUGAGUAACAAGUGAUUCUUGUAGAAUUUCUCGCAUCCAAGUUCAGGUAUGGACCGCCACACUUGCUUCUGUGAAGCAAGUGAUUCCAUUAAUGCAUGUUAUCAUCGCGGUGCCGCGGAAAAUGACUGCCAUCAUCAUCAUCAUGAUGUGUCACACAAUGGCCAUCGUCAUAAUGAUGAGGUGUCACACAAUGGAAGUCAUCAUUAUUAUCAACAUUCAGACAGAGCGGAAGGAUGUUGCCAUGAUGAUGUUGACGACGAAUGUCUAUACAAGGCAUGCCUGGAUACUGACUCCUCCUGUCAACAAGACACGCGAAGAGAAGAGUUGGCCGGUCGUUGUCAUCAUGAUACGCCAAGAGAAGACUUUGCCAGUUAUUCCCAUGGCUAUGGAUCUACAAACAACAUCAACAAAUCACGAUACAGGAAGCUUUUACAAGAAAAAGAGGAACUGGAAAGAUCUUACGAAAGAGAGAGCCGGGAAAGAGAAUCCUCGAAGGAAAGACUUCAGCGUGAGUAUGAGGAGAAAAUAGCUUACGAGGAUAAGUUCAACCAGCUAAGCAAUACAUUGGCCAGGUAUGAAAACGAGUUGAUGUCCCUUCGCCUGGAAAACAACGAGCUCGUGGGUCAAUUUGAUCGACUCAGAACAGUCAUUGGCACCAGAGGAUCUCUUGAUAAAGAGGUAUCGGUUGACAGAGGUCUGUCACUCGUGCACGCGAAUACCUCGCGCGAUGAUGAUGUGGGUGAGCAUGAGACAAGUCGAUCUACCAACACAAACCCUGGUGAUGAGGAGCUUUCCAUCUUAGCCAAAGAAAACGAGAUCUUUAAAGAGCUUAUAAAGAUCAUCGAUCAACGUGAGAGGCAGAGCGAUGCUCCAGAAAUUCCACAUGUAGGAAAGAACGUAGACGAAGUUAACCGCCUUCAGGAAGAGAACUCAAAGCUGAAAACCAAGCUACACGAGGCAGAGAAGAAAUAUCGGGACCAGCAAACCACUCUAGAGGAUCUCAGACUUGACCACGAGGAAGAGACGAGGAAAUUCAAGAAGGAGAUUGCCAAGCUAGAAGACAACGAGCGCUCUAAGACACGGCUUUUGGAAUAUCACAAACACGAGAUACUGCAGAUGAAGACUAAUCAUAACGAAGUGAUUCAAAGCUUAGAAAACAGAAUAGAAGAAGAACUAUCAAUUAAAUCUGAUAUUCAGACGCAUGUUCAUACACUAGAGAGAAAUAUUCAAGCUCUUGAAGAGGAAAGAAAGGAAUUGGUGUCAAGGUUUGAGCAGUUGUACAAGAAAGAAGAUGAAAUUGUUUCCUCUAGGAACGUUCUAGAGGAGAGGUAUACGAUUGAGAUCAACGAGCUUCGAACUCGUUUAGAACAGGAAGUCCAAGCAAAAAUGGAGAUAACUAAGGAGAUGACACUGGUAAUGAGCGAAGUUGUGGAUCUUAGAAAUCAUUCUGUCGCGAUGAAAACUGCUUACCAGAACGGCAUCGAGAAGAUUUCAGCAGAAGGGGAAGAAACCAUGAGAGAAAAGCUGAAUAAAGAAAGUACUAAGCGUCAGAACUUAGAAGAAGAAAUUCGAAAGUUACAGCUACAGGUCUGCUCACAAGGUGGCGAAAAGGAAAGUGAUAGGCUACAAAAGAAGAUUAGAUCCCUUGAAAAGACCAUUUCACAAAUGAUUGAUGAGAACGACAACUUGAGGCGCCAUGAGAAGAAGCUCAAAGAUUUGGAGGUCAAUAACCGCGAAUUGCAGGAAAACGUCGGUAACCUUUCGUCAAGAAAUGAGGAAAUGAUUCGGAAGCAAAAGUCCCUGUUGAAAGAAAUCGAUACUUCCUCUACAUCACUGAAUGAUCUAACAGAAAAAAACCGAAGACUGUUAGCUGAGAUCGAUAAGAUGUCGGGUAAAAUACGUAGGAUGGAGGACGCUUUUCGUGAGGAAAAAAGGGAACUCGUCAGCUUAUACGAGAGGGAGAAGGCAUCGGAGAUUUACAAAUUGAAACAAGAGAAAGAAGAAACAGAGCGGCAACUUGACGAACAGAUGCGAGUGAAGAGAAGACUCGAGAGCGAGAUUCAUGACCUCAAGCUUCGGGGUAAUAACAAAUACGGGGACAACCAGACAAACAGUCCAAUAAACACUUUACAAAGCCAGAUUGAUGAGCUUGAGAGGUGUUUAGAGAAGGCGAAGAACGGUUAUGAAGAUCAGCUAAAAUCUCUUAGUGAAGAGAAGAAAAAGAUGCACGAAGAGUUUGAAAAAGAAAAGGAACAAUUACACAAGGUAUUCGAGAUGAAAAGACGGAACAUCGGCCAAUCGACUUUUCAGGGAAUAUCACCAAAUAUGGCAGCUCAUGUUUUACCAAAUACGGUAACAACGGGACAUUCAUUACCAAAUAUGGCUGCGGCUUGCUCAGCGCCCAUCGCGUCUCUGAUGGAUACCACGACAGCCCAAACUAUAGCAAGCUUACAGGAGGAGAUCAAGGGCCUUCAGACGGAGAGAAAUGAAAUGAAAAGAAGAGUGGAGGAUUUGGAGAAGAGACCUGGUCGCACAGGGCAACGGUCCAGUCGUAAUGAUGAUAAGGCGAAGGACCCGAGAAAGAAACUUGUUCGUUUUGAUGAUGAGGUUUCCAAGGAGGAAGACUCGAGUUCAUCUAGUUCAAGCUCGGAAAGCGAAUCCGAAAGUGAAUCCGAAAGUGAAAGAGAGAAUGAAAACAAAACUAAAUCUGACAAGACUUGUGCUGACCUUAAAGCCAGAGUGAAGGAGCUUGAAAAGGAACUCAAGUUGCAAAAGAAGAGAUUUGAUUCUGAGAGAAACAGUCUUCUGUUAAAACUGAAACAGUAUCAAGGAGGACUAUCUAUGAAUGACAAGGAGUCCUUACUGGUGACGAUAAAAUCCCUCAAGCACCAUCUUCAUCAUCUUAAGCACGAAAGGCAAGUCUUGGUAAGUAAACUAAAGCUCGAACGGAGGGAAACUAUAACCAGAGUUGAAGCGAAGGAAAACGAGUUGCAUUCGAAAAGGCAAGAACUGGAAAUGAAAGCAAGUGAGGCGGACAAGUCAAAGAAUGUUAUAAAGGAGCUUACCCAGCAAGUAAUGACCUACGAAAAAAGAAUGAAUGAGAUUGAGACGAAGUUCAGCUCCGAGAUUUUGAUCUUGGAAGAGAAUUUCAACCAGCAAAAGAUACGUCUAUCAAACAGCAUAGGUGAAGCAGAGGAAAAACUCAGGGUGAAGCUGGAGACUAGGUAUAAUAACUCGCUAAGAAAACAAAAGGACAAGUACGAGGAGACUUUCAAAGAACUUCGCAAAGAGAUCCAAUGUUUGCAGGAGCAGCGGCGACAGAUUCAAGCCAAGUUGACGACUUACGAGUCUAAAAAGUCUGGUAUAAGAUCACAGGAAGCAUCGCAGGUGAGCAACAAGGAGCUCUAUUACCAAGUGGAGUCAGAAUUUGUCAAACGCCACAAGCAAGAGAUCUUAGACUUACAAACCACUGUGGAUACACUUCAGGAGCAGAUCAAACACCUGAAUGACGAGAAGAACGACAUAAGAAGGAGCUAUAAGCGGGAGAUGGAUGAGAUGGGGACUGAGUUUGAGGGUGAAAAGCGACGACUUGAGUAUCGCUUCCGCCGAGAAAUCAGUGAUCUCAGGGAUCAGUUGGAGCUGCUAUCAUUUGAUGGAGGGCUGAACAGGGUGCCAAAGAGCCCACGGAGGCACACACGGCGUAUAAAUGACGAAAAGACCCAGGAAGGAGCCUUGAAGCACGCCAACCUUUCUCUCGAGCACAAGAACACGGAGCUUGAAGGAGACAUCAGCUCAUUGAAUCGGCGGAUCACAGAACUGGAGUCGCUGAAUCUUUCGACGAACAAGCAAAACAAGUCCCUGGGACAAUCACGCCCACUCAAUCGGUUCUCUUCAAUAUCGCUGACGAACCUAUCAUCUGGGGGCUACAAUAACUCAUCGUUAAGAAGUAUAUCAUCUGGUUACCAUGCCAACUCGUCGUUAAGAGGAAUGACGUCCGGUAACCAUGGCGACUCUUCACUGAGAGUCCAUUCAUUUGGUAACCAUGACAACUCGUCGUUGAGAAGAAUAUCUUCUGGUUACCAUGGCGACUCUUCGCUGAGAGUCCAUUCAUCUGGUAACCAUGACAACACGUCGUUGAGUGGAGUUUCAUCUGGUAGCCAUGGAAACUUUUCGGGGAAUGGUAUCUAUCGAAGUCAGUCAACUUCAAAUUUAUCCCACGGUAACCACGGAAGCACGACCACUAGAAACAUGUCUUCUGGUAUCCAAAGCAACCUAGCCUUUGGUAGGUUGUCAAACGGAUUCCAUGAGAACCAGUCCUUUGGUGGUCAUGGCAACCAAGCUCUAAGCAGUGGUUCUGUUGAGAUCAAAGGCUACUCGUCAAGUAAUAUGCGAAGCAGAGAUGCUGAGGCCAGCGUAAUAGGCGGGAAGUAUGCGUCGUUUAGGGGUUCGGGUCACAUGUCUUCAGCAGGAAUCCUCGAGACCACCGCGGGAUUUGCGGGACAGCCCGCGGGACUGUACCGCAGCAAUAGCUUGGGUUACAGUAAAGGCGGGGCGUCGUUUGGGUUUGCGUGACAAUGUUGUUUUCGCUUUGUUGCGAACAUUCAAAACUAACCUGUUUAACCGUAAUUUCUAAAAAAAAGCGCCUCGCCUAAGAAUUUAGUGCCUUUCCCGAAUAAGCGCCUGGCCUGGGAUACCCAAAAUGAAAUAAGUGCCGCGGUUCUUAUUCGAAUACACUCUUUUUUAUAAGAACGUCUAAUUUUAAGUUAAAACUGGGUUGUUCUUAUUUUUUGAUCAUUUUAAAUUUUAGUGUAUAUAGAAUGCAUCUCACUAAAAAAAUUGCUGUUAUCUAAGCCACGGUAUGUUCUUAGCAUGUUCUUAGAACAAAUCUUAGAUUGGACGUUCUUAAAAUAGAAUGCUCUGAUAAAAAAGAAUGCUCUGAUAAAAAAUAGUGUUUUUAAGGAGCCUCGCUAUAGUUUUUGUUGAUCUAACUUUUUUUCUAAACUGCGGGAUUUUUAUCUAAUUCAUAUAAUGCUAGAUCUCUAUAAGAAUAAGAAUGUGUAAGACAAAGAAAAAAAGAAACUAUUCACCGA